AUGAAUAUCCCAAAGACAACCUUGGCCUUCCUUUGGUGCUCGGGAAGCCUGCUCUUGGCCUCCGGGCUGACGCAAUAUCCUGCAGAGGCACCCUUCAGAUUCAUCAGCUGCGUGGCCCUAAGCGGCACCGACCUUGGGAGUAUCUUUUACCCAAAAGCAGCCGGUAUCAGCCCUCAAGCGUGCCAGCAACAAUGUGCCUUGAGCGACUCUCACUUCGCAGCUUUGGGGAGCGGCGUGGAUUGCUACUGUUCUCACGCCACCACUGGGCACGAGAUGUAUCCGGCGCUUGCUCCCGGUGCUAAUGACAGCUUCAGUCUCUGCAACACGCCAUGCCAGAACUUCCCAGACUAUGCAUGUGGCGGCACAUAUGGAACAAGGAAGAUCUACAACAUCUUCGGUCAGCAUGGCUACAUCCAGUUCCUCUACGGUCGAUACAGCAUCCAGCUCAUCUUCCACCAGUCCUUCCAGUUCCGAAACAACUACCGUAGCUGCCUCCACAACAUCAUCUGCAACGUCAUCUACACUACCGUCUUCAGCUUCCUCGACGACAUCUGGAACCUCCACGGUGACAGAGAGCAGUUCGACAACAACUCCUUCUGCGUCAGAGACUCCAGGCACUUCCAGCUCUUCAAGUGUUUCGGUUUCUGCAGUCGCCACUACCAAUACACUUUCUUCCAGUUCCCAGAGUUCUGCGAUCACGACGACUUCACAGUCGACGUCAAUCUCUACUUCGAUCGUUCCCACCUCUUCAUUGAGCCAAACCAGAAGCACAAGCACAUCUACAGGGUUUCCUACCAUAUCUCCGCCAUUUUUAAUGACGAAUUCCUCUUCCACUAUAUCUCCCACCAGCCUGAUUCCACCACCUUCGAGUUCUUCCGCCAGCUCAAGCGGCACCUUCAACCCGCCUUCAUCAGGCGGGCCUUCAUCGGGAACAGGGAGUUCAAUUGCAAGCUCGGUUGUUGGCACCACUUCAAUACCCCAAUUAGGCCCCUCCAGCUCAUUUUCUGGCACUUCGCAAACUCCAGUGUCACCUUCAGAGUCUCGGCCGGUAUCCUCACCAGGAAUGCCAGGAUCGUCGUCUUCUGCCCUAAGUUCAAUCGCAACAUCUAG